AUGUUUGCUUGGUUCGGGAUUCUUAACUCUCUUGACUAUUUCUUUGCGAUCUCUGGAAAAUCAGUUCUGUUUUAUUCUUAUAUGUAUUAUUUCAGUUUGCCUUGGUUUGUAUGCCAGACUUUUAUUUUUUUCUUUGCGUAUAGGAUUUCUUACACAUAUAGAGCAUUCACAACCUUUGGGAUAUCUUCGCUGCUUUUGCUUCUUAUUAUUGAAUUUAGCUAUAUUUUGGCAGAUGACGCUGCUUAUAUUACAGUAGCUGUGCUGAUAUUCUUAUUAGGAUGCAACACUUCAGUGCUCUCUGCAAGCGUGAUGGGGCUGGCUUCACUUCUUCCUGGGAAAUAUAUUGGAGCUUUAACACUAGGAAUGGGUUUUGCAGGGCUAAUUCCCUGCAUCGUAAAAUUGCUUACACUUUGGAUUUGGGGGCCAAGUACAUGGGAAAGCUUCCUUGUGCUGAUGCUGAUGUCGGUAGUUAUAUCAUUAGCGUGCAUUGGUGCAGUUUUGGCACUAGAAAACAAUAAAUUUGCCCAAUACUAUUUUUCUGCAUCAAGUUCUCCAGCAAGUCCAACUUAUUCUCCUAAAUUGACAGAUAGAUUAUUAAACCGAAACCUCAAUAAAAAGCUAAAUGAAGAAAGCCACGUCCUUGUUGCGUCUCCUAGGAAUUACUCAAUAGGAAAUAUAAUAAACAAUACAAGAAGAGAUAUAAGGCAUAGAGAAAGAGAGAUUGAAAAGGAAAAAGAAAAAGAAAAAACUAAUAAAGUCGUGGAGUUCAAUUUUAAUUGGGAUGAGUCUGAAGAGAAUGAACAAAGCCACCAACAAGCUCCGGCUCAGCCAAAAAUGAAUUUUGAGAUAAAGGCGAAAGAAGUUGUAGAAAAGCAAGUCGAAGUUCCUGAAAAAGAAGAAGUUUAUGGAGCUAAAGCGAGCGUAUUGGGAGUUGUUAAGCAAGCAUAUCUUCCUUUAGGGUUGCAAUUUGUGAACAAUUUUAUUACGUGGAUGAUGUUUCCAGGGGUUAUCAUUUUUGCGAUACAUGCUGAAGCUAGCCUCCCAUGAACUAUUGUUUUUCAUUGUGCCUUGUUCAAUAUCUUUUCCCUCUUACUCCCCCCCUCCGUUAGCGAAAAAAAACCAUUGGAAAAAUACCUAUUUUUUACCCAAAAACCCCCGCAUAAGCUAACAAAAAAAUUUUUUCAUUGCAAAAUUUUAUAUGAAAUAAAAAUUGGUAUAUAAGUGAUAAUUAUUAUAACGAAAUCUCUCGCUAAUUCUGCUUAAUUUUAAAACAAAUUGCAUUUUAAAACAUAAAUUUUACAAAUUUAAUUUAUUUGUUUCCAAUUUUUGCAAAUUGGGAUUUUUUUUAACUUUGGAAACAAACUUUUACUAUAUAAAUUUUUUACAAAAAAAAAAAAUGAACCUCCUCCGUAAGUAAAAAAAAUUUUUUGUUUGCUCACGGAGGGGGGAAUUUAGGAAAUUUCAUGCCGAACUAUGGGAUUUUAGAUAUAAGAACCUUAUCCCUCAUUAUUGUAGCUAGAUUUGUGUUCUUCUAUACAACCCCUCAAACUCUUCUUCAUUGUGUAUUUUAUGAUGUUUGCGAUAAUGGCUCUUGCUAUUAUAUGUCAUCCAUCUUUGCUAAUUCGAUAUUUAGAUAUGUCAAUACCAGCAUUUUCAGCUUCACUCAUGGGUAUUGCUUCACUUGUUUAGCGAUUUUAGCACCAGGCUCAAUAUCUAAGAAAUCUCCCGAUCGCGAUAGCGAAUUAGAAAUGGCAGGACACUUAGUUUCAUGCAUGAUUGCAUUCGGAAUGACAAUAGGGUACAUUUUAUGUGAAAUAAUAUAUAUGGAUUAUGUUCCAUUUAAUUACUGUGUCGAAACCACAGUCAGUUAA